CUCCGUAGUUGGUGACUUGGUAUACGGAGUAGUAAUUUAAGAAUGACGGUGAUGUAAUCAACGGCAAAAGCAAAGAAUCAAGUAUGAGUACAACAGUGAUAGGUUCAUAAUUGAAGACUCCCAUCUAAUGUCUAAUGAUCUACGGAGCACUCCGUAUGAUCUAACACACAUUGAUAAAAUGCCCAAAUAAAGCGCGAUCCAGCAACGUGUCCUUUGCGAUUUACCCCUCCCUCGUUAGAUUACUCCCAAUCUUUCCCAGAAUUGAAUUGAAUUGAAUUGAACCAUAUCUGGAGAUCGGUAGCAAUGUCGCGGCCAAUAAGGCUGAGAUCGCUGUCGGAUGGGGAUGGAUCAUCGUUGCUAUUGAGCGGGGAGUUGAAGAAGAGACCUAAAUUCCAGUAUUCUGGUUGGGUAUUUCAUCUGGGUACUAAUAAAAUUGGUCAUGAAUAUUGUCAUCCUCGCUUCUUGUUUAUAAGGGGCAAGUACGUUGAGAUGUAUAAGCGUGAUCCUCACGAUAAUCCCGGCAUUAACCCUAUAAGGAGAGGUGUUGUGGGACAUACUCUUAUGGUGGGAGAGAUGGGAUGCCGAAAGGUUAAUUGUAGCGAUCUGCAUGUUCUUCGAUUCUAUAAUCGAUUGGAUGAAUCAAAGAAGGGAGAAAUUGCUUGUGCUACAGCUGGAGAAGCUCAAAAAUGGGUGGAAGCUUUUGAGCAAGCAAAGCAACAGGCAGAAUAUGAGCUUUCAAGAGGAGGAAGAGCCAGAGACAAGUUGAAUUUGGAGGCCGAGAUUGACCUUGACGCGCAUCGCCAUAGGGUGAGGAAGUAUGCACAUGGCUUCAUAAAGCUUAUAAAAAUCGGACAUGAGCCACUUUUGCGGCAAUCAUCAUCCUUGGCAGACAAUGCCCAUACAGAUGGCUAUAUGGGAGUUGAUGGUGACACGGAUGCUAUUGAGGCACAUACAUGGAAAUGUGUAUGCACCAUGAAUGGAAUUAGAAUCUUUGAGGAUGUUGUAGAGUCCAAGGGUGGUAGAGGCGUUCUUGUGAAGUCAGUGGGUAUAAUUGAUUGCAAAGCAGAUACUGUUUUUGAGGUUCUCAUGAGCCUUGAGCCCUCUAAGAGAUAUGAGUGGGAUAUGUUGACUAGUGACUUGGAGCUUGUUGAGUGCGUAGAUGGGAAUUAUGAUGUUCUAUAUGGUACAUAUGAUUCAAAAUACUUUACUUGGUGGAGUUCCAAAAGGGACUUUGUGUUCUCAAGGCAAUGGUUUCGUGGACAAGAUGAAACAUACACAAUCUUGCAAUUCCCAGCCGUGCAUAAGAAAUGUCCUGCUAGAUCUGGUUAUCAACGGACAAAGAUAAGCCCUUCUACUUGGGAGAUAAGAAGUUUGGACACAUCUGGUGCUACAACAGAAUUUCCAAGGUGUCUUGUGACACAUAUGUUGGAGAUACAAUCUGAUAGCUGGGGCGCAUGGAAGAAAAGUCGCUCUUCAAAGUUUGAAAAAUCUAUCCCUUAUUCAUUGUUGUGUCAGGUUGCUGGUCUGAAGGAAUAUAUUGGAGCAAAUCCAGUCCUUAAAAGUAAUUCUGAUACAGCAGUUUUAACUUCAAAUUCCUCCAGUAGUAGUAUUUCCAGCAGUGAAUGUGACAGUGCAGAGGCAGAAGAGUUUUAUGAUGCGAUUGCGGCAGAAUCUUCUGAAGAUGAAGAUAGUGAUGAUGAUAUUGAAGUUGACAAGAAGGACAUUGUGAUGCUGGAGAACGAUUCAUUGGACAUAGCAAGAUUAUCUUUGAAGGCUUCAGAUCAUGAUUCGAGCCAAGUAUUAGAUUCAGCCACACCCCCUGUGCCAAUUGACCCAAUCAAGUUUUGUGGUUCAUUGCGUGAAGGAAAAGAUGACGAUGACAUAAAUUGCUGGACAAAUCCAGGUGGUGCAGGAUUUAUGAUUAGAGGAAAUACAUACUUGAAGGACUAUAAUAAAGUAAGAGGUGGAGAUCCUCUUCUAAAGCUUAUAGCUGUUGAUUGGCUCAAGGCUGAUCAAAGCAUUGACAAGGUUGCAUUGCGUCCAUCCUGUGUUGUUCAGUCAGACGCUGGAAGAAAACUUCCAUUCGUUCUCAUUUUUAAUCUACAGAUCCCAGCCAAACCAAACUACAAUUUGGUUUUUUAUUAUGCCUCUGACAGGCCUGUGAACAAAAGUUCGUUAUUGGGCAAAUUUAUUGAUGGGACUGACUCAUUUCGCGAUUCGAGGUUCAAGCUCAUACCAAGCAUUGUGAAGGGCUAUUGGAUGGUUAAGCGUGCAGUUGGUACAAAAGCCUGUCUGUUGGGUAAAGCUGUGACCUGUAGAUACCUGAGGCAAGACAAUUUUUUGGAGAUUGAUGUGGAUAUUGGUUCCUCAUCGGUUGCCAGAAGCGUUAUUGGUCUUGUCCUUGGAUAUGUCACAAGCAUAGUGGUUGAUCUUGCGAUUCUUAUAGAGGCAACUGAAGAGACUGAACUUCCUGAGCACCUUCUCGGGACUGUACGGUUGAGUUGUCUUCGACUUGACUCAGCCAUAGAGGCUUGACGCGUUUUUAUUCAGAUAAUAUUGCUCUCCAUUCAAACCAUAAUGUAUUCUUUACUCAUUUGCGUCCAAAUUAUGUGACGCAACUGAGUUAUUUGAAUUUCAUCAAUAUACUGCUUAAUAGCUUUAUUUUGCUUUCUAUUCAAGCUGCAAUGUACUCUUUCAUGCUUGGAUGCUAUGGAUAUUAUCAUAGAAUCUGUGCAAACUCUUAGCUGUUGUUUAAAAAAAAAUUGCAAAAUGGUGUGUCUACAUAGGAAUAUACAGAGUACUAAGUUACAAUAUAGAGUAUUGAAGAAAAAACACACCAAAAUCUAACCUAGUGUCUGUGUAAAAGAAACCAGCAGAUGAAUGUAGCGAGAAUUCUGGACCCAGGAGCAGAUAAUGAGUGACUAAACCAGUGAAGAAAACCGUGUCUUCUGUAUCCGAUACAGUGAUACUCGAACUCCGCUGAUAUAUGUUUUUGUCUCUGUUGUAUUUUAUAUUUAAGCCGAUUUCCAUAGCUCUGUUUGUAUGAUGUAUUUGGAAUCAGAUACUAAAGUUAUGAUGACCCUUUUUAGUUUUAACUGCACAGGGGGAUUUUACCA